AUGUCGCUUGAGUGCUUGGGAAACGAGAACCGCACCACGAUGUUGCCGGAGCGCAAGAGGAUGCGGAUUGGAGUGUUUAGUUUCCUGAUAACUAUUUUAGGAUGGGCGCCGCCACCUGUGCCCUUACAUGGCCCGGCAUUCCGCAACUUAGACAAGGCCGCAGGAGAGAGCCCAUCCAUGGUCCAAGCUGCCUUGGACUAUCAGUGUGAUGCCUGCCUUGAGUCCACAGAGCCACGACACCAAAGGCUAGUUGUUUUCAUCUUGGCCGGAGAGUUGAGAAUCGCCAGUCUGCACAAGCCAUUAGGUAAGCUAGAGAGGCACGGAGACAUCGUCAAAGAUAUGUUGCGGCGUCUUGACCUUCAGAGCCCACUGGCCAACGAUGAUCUCUUUGAUCAGGCCCUCUUACAAGCCUUCCAGGCCAAGAACGCAUUGGUCCGACAUCAGGGAUAUGCUCCCGAGCAGAUCGUGUUAGGAGAGGACUUAGAAGCUGAGAUGCACCGUAGGCCCGCUAGUCUUCGUGAGUGGCAGCAGUUGUCCAAUCUUGAGGGUGAGCUACCCACUAAGAAUACCGGGGGUGCCAGCACGUUUGUUGACCUCACGCAGCCCAAUGCUCCGGUGAUAUCCGGGUCCGCUCCAUCAGAUCUUCCGGAAGCCGUGACCACAGUUCCAGCGGCUCCGAGUGUAGAGGGACCCAGACCCUCGGAGGAAGAAAUUCCACAGCCCGAACAAGAAAUGACACCACAGGUCUCAAUUUCCCCCGAAGGUCUCCCUGCAGCUCCACAGGAAGUUGAGCGCGAGCCUGCUGGCUCCGUCGCCCCUGCUGUGUUUCCGAGCGCAGACGCCUCGUCGUUUGAAUCAAGAUCUGCUCCAGAUCCUGGAGAUUCCCUAGAUGCCACCCAGAUACCUGUGCCUGACUCUGAAGAUGGACUCCAGUCCGAACAAGUGUUCUUAGCAUGCCAGUACCUUGAUUCAAAUGCUGAGGAUUCCCUUCAAACAUUUAUGACCCUUCAGGCUAGCACAGAAGCCACUGGUCCUCUUUUGGCCGAGGACGAGCUCCCCUAUGUGGAGUCUCCGCUAUGCUGCAGCGAGCAUCAAGCCUUCUGUUUAGAGAUUCCUCUUAAGGCUAAGGAUAUGAAGCGAUGGUCCCGAGAAAAUAGUCCCGAGCAGUUGGCAACCAUUGCGGCUGCAAGCAAGCGUGCCAGAGCAGAGGUUCACCUCAAAGACCUCACACCUGCCGAAGUGAAGUUGUUCGAUGAGGCCAAGCAAAAGGAGAUUCAGUGCUGGAUUCAAACAUCCGCGAUAAGAGCAGUCCUAAGACAAAAGCUGAAUCCCGAACAAAUCUUGAAAAGCCGAUGGAUUCUGACAUGGAAGAGCCCAGAGCCGGGCGAAAGCCAUCGUAGAGCUAAGGCUAGGCUGGUUGUCCUAGGGUUUCAAGAUCCAAAGUUAGUCGAUGUUAUGCGGGAUGCCCCCACGCUCUCGAAAGAGGGCCGUGCGUUGGUUCUUCAGACCAUAGCCUCGUGCAAGUUCCAGCUAGGUUCUUUUGACAUUAAAACGGCCUUUCUGCGUGGCAAAGCUGAUGCCAGCAAUCCUUUGGCGAUGGAGCCUCCGCGAGAACUUAGGCAAGCCUUGGGUCUUCAAGAAGAAGAGGUGUGUCAGUUGCUGGGAAAUGCCUAUGGGAGAGUGGAUGCUCCACUCCUGUUCUACAAAGAGCUGAGCAAGCAGCUGCAUGAGCUAGGAUUUGUGCGCCAUCCACUGGAGCCUUGUGUGUUUCUGCUGUAUACCGGACAAACACUUAAUGGAAUUCUAGGAGUUCAUGUGGAUGAUGGUGUCUGUGGAGGGGAUGACAAGUUCUUAAAGAAAAUCCAAGCGCUACAGGCCAAGCUUCCUUUUGGGAGCCGCAAGUUUCAGAGCUUUGUCUUUACUGGCAUCCACUUGGAACAAUUCCCAGACUUUUCCAUUAGAGCAUCCCAGGCUGAAUAUGUAAAGAACAUCCAGCAGAUUGACAUUGGGCGAUCCCGUCGCCUCACGCCUGACAAUCCAGUCACCGAAUCUGAAAGGUCAAAGCUCCGAGGACUUGUGGGCAGCUUGCAGUAUGCCGUGACGCAUACAAGGCCAGACAUGGCGGCCAAGCUGGGUGAGGUUCAAGGUCAGAUCACUCAGGCCACUGUUCAGAGCCUGUUGCUGGCCAAUAAGAUUCUUCGGGAGACACAAGAGAAUGCUAAGGUUUGCAUCUAUUUUCUGCCAAUCCGGCCCAGCGACCUCACCUUCGUGUCCUUUGGCGAU